AUGGCUGCGCAUUCUUCGUCGAAUCCGCCAUCAACAACCGUAGGUUUACGCACAAGGAACAGCAGGCGUGAGAAAAAGAAUCGAGAAGAGGGACAAUUCUUCGGGUCUAGACUUCAUCAACGCUAUAUUCUUUUUCAUGCGAUAAGUCGGAAACCUCCACCCGCCCGCAUUUUCAUUUUAACUUUGAGCCCGAGCAAACGGAAAUUGAAAAGCGAAACAAAACUAAACGAAAGGUCUAGUAGAUGAAAUUAAAGAGUGAUACUCUCCGGUCGACCAUCAGUCCCUGGGGGAAACGUUCGCAAUGAUUGAACAUUUGUGCUCUUCAGACCGAGAGACCUUGAUAAUGAGCUUUCUUCUUUUUUUCGUUCCUUCCUUUCUUUGAGUACUUGAUUGGAAAGCAAAAUUUCUCUGAAACAAAGGAAGUUGUUUAUAAUUCGUCGGUUUGAGGAAAUUCUCAUUUUAUUGCUUAUUUUCUUGGUCACCGGACAUAAAAUAACCAUGGAGAGGGUAUUUGGACCAUGGAGAAAACGUUUCGUUCAUUGUGGAAGUCUCUUCCAUCCUGCUUUUCUAUUUGUUCAUUCGUGGUCCCCGCCGCCAUGUUGAAAUGUUUGCAGCCGAAGACCGAAGACGAAAUGUGCGAGGAACGGUACCGUCUGGUCGUUCUCGGUUCGGCCAAAGUGGGCAAGACUAACAUUAUCCGACGUUAUCUCUACAACGAGUUCUCCAACAAGUACAAGGAGACCAUCGAGGACUUGCAUUCGAGAGAAUUCCGAAUUCAGGUACGUUCAAGAGAAUUGGCAAAGCUAAGAGGUUUAGUAGAAUGUUUUGCACUUUUCAUUUACAAUAUAUUUUGUAGUUAAUUCAUUAAACUUUGCUCAAAGUCAGUGGAAUCGAAACCAGCGUAGUGUAACUGAUUCUUGAGCAAACAGAAAAUCUGCUCGUAGGAUGUUUUGUAAAUUUGUAAACGAGAGUAUCUAAUUAACUUUCGUCAGGUUUUAAACAGAGUUUUCAGGGUGUUCCACUGCCACUGGACAUUCUCGACACGAACUUCAACUUUCCUGACAUGAGACGUCUCUCAAUCGCUUCUGCGUCCGCAUUCCUUCUUGUUUUCUCGGUGGACGAUGUCACGAGUUUCAAGGAGGCAAGUAGUGUCCAACCUACAGUAUCCGUAUUAAAAAAGAAGACGUCCUCUUCUCAGUUUUCCAUUUUAGUGGUCUUGCGGGGGCUAAUAUGCCAUAAUUUCAUAAUCGGAUGUAAUUCCAGAUGUCGGAUAUAUGGCAAGAGAUUUGCUCGAGACGUAGUGAUUUGAACGAGUUGCCAAUCGUUGUGGUGGGAAACAAGUGUGACGUUGAAAACAAGAAGGUUUGUUUUGCCAGGGGAGCAAAAGAUGAACAUUUUGUGCUAAAGAUUUACGAAGAGACUGCGAAGGCCUUCACUAAUCGUUUGUCGUCGGAUGUUCGUUACAUCGAGGUGUCUGCGAAGGACAACAUCAGAAUUACUGAUGUCUUUCGUACUCUGCUCGAGCUCUCCGGGUUCCCACGUUGCAAGGUGAACAAGGACUCCUAAUGAACUCCAGAUUAACCCUAGUUGUCCAGGCAGGAGGUGGUCGCCUGGAUGACGUGGCUGAGGACGAGGAGACCCGCAGCAGUCCUUCGAUCCGUAGGUCGGCUACGGUGCGCGCCAAGUCUUCAUCAAAACGAGAUACGCGCAAAGCAAUCAUGGAGGUUUAUCCCGGGUCCUGAUGAUGGUGAUUAGUGUCGAUUCAGAACGAAAAGAAGUCGGACUCGCCAGCGAACGGCUCUCAAUCGACCCGCGAGCAGCCGCAACUAGAUAAGCAGGUCUCGCAUCCCGUGCUCUCCGUCCCAUUGCACAUCGGCGAUUUGAAGCGAAACCUGUCGUUGCGCGUAUGUGUUUUCCUAGUCUGACAACGUCAGUGCGAAUAUUCUCACACGUGAUGCACUUAUUCAGAUGAAAUCACCGCGGCGCGACAAAGAACAAGUCGAGAGGAAGCUGUCCGAUGAGCCGAAAGUUUCCCGCAGCUCGAGCAUUAUCCGGUUUGUGGAAUGAAGGGCUUGACCUCAUCUAGUUUGGCUUAUGUUUCCAGUCGAACGAAGCAUCUUUCGCUGAAAAUGCGUCGUCAUGGAGAGAAGAGCAAUCACGAGGAAGUGGCGGACGAGAGCGACUGCAAAAUACAAUAA